CAGCUAGAGACGAUUUGCCUUGAUUUAUCGCAGCAGUUUGAACCUACUUCGAACCAGGGUUGUGAUCUCAAUGUGAUUCUCAAGGCUUCCUGUUGUCACUGGAUUUUGGCCCAGCUUUCUGAGGGAAGGAAGGGAGAGACUUAGCGGGGGAGGGUGUAUCUGCCAUGUUCAUGUGUGGAGAAGGGGCACCUUAUCAGAAAAGACUCCUUCCCCUCUGCACCCAGGCUUAAACUGGAACACAGGGCAAGGCGCGCUGGGUGGGGCAAUUGAAUUAGUGGGAUCUCUUUUUUACUUUACUUUGAGGUGCCCCCUCCACAUGACUGCGGGUGAGCGUAGGCAGACCCACAGUGAUGUGCACAUGGGCAUGGCUGGCCCCCCAAGCUUAACCGCGGCGCCCCCCUCACCAUGCUGAGUAAUGCGUCGUUGGGGUCGGUGGGGACGGGGGCGUCGGUGGCGUACGUGGUGCUGGAGCUGGUGAUAGCGGUGCUGGCUGUGCUGGGGAACGUGCUGGUCUGCUGGGCCGUGUGCCUCAACAGCAACCUGCAGAGCAUCACCAACCUGUUCGUGGUGUCGCUGGCGGUGGCCGACAUCGCCGUGGGGCUGCUGGCGGUCCCCUUCGCCAUCGCCAUCAGCACGGGCUUCUACGCAAACUUCUACGGCUGCCUCUUCAUCGCCUGCUUCGUCCUGGUGCUCACACAGAGCUCCAUCUUCAGCCUCCUCGCCAUCGCCAUCGACCGCUACAUCGCCAUCAAGCUCCCGCUGCGGUACAACAGCCUGGUGACCGGUCAACGCGCCAAAGGGAUCAUUGCCGUCUGCUGGACGCUGUCGGUACUGAUUGGUCUGACACCCAUGCUGGGCUGGAACAAGUGCACCAUGUCCACAGACAGCACCAACAGCUCUUGCCUGCCAGGCACCACCCAGUGCCUGUUCGAGGAGGUGGUCACCAUGGAGUACAUGGUCUACUUCAACUUCUUCGCCUGCGUACUGGCGCCCCUGCUGGCCAUGCUGGGGAUCUACGCGCGGAUCUUCAUGGCGGCUCGGCGGCAGCUGAGGCUGAUGGAGCUGAAGGCGGGGCAGGGGGAAGGGUCACGCUCCACCCUGCAACGGGAGGUUCACGCAGCCGUCUCCCUGGCCAUCAUCGUGGGGCUGUUCGCCGUGUGCUGGCUGCCGCUGCACAUCAUCAACUGCUUCACCCUCUUCUGCCCGCACUGCGCCAGACCUCCGGGGGCCGUCAUGUACCUCGCUAUCGUCCUCUCUCACGCCAACUCUGUCGUCAACCCGUUCAUCUACGCCUACCGCAUCCGAGAGUUCCGCCACACCUUCCGUCGGAUCCUCGGGCGCUGGGGCCUGCAUGGGGGCGGAGUCAGUGGAGACGCCACCCACACAUCCACGCGAAUCAGCACAGCCGAUUCCAGCAGGGAGGAGGUCAAUGGGGUCAUGUUAGACUUGCACACUGAGAGCAACAGCGUUGACCGCUGUGGCAGUGGCAGUGCAGUCGAGGAGACUUCUAGCCUCUGGAAGCCUGACUCUGCUCACCUUCCGCUGGGUCAGCUUUUGGCCACUCCUAUGUCUCCGCCUCCCAGGUGACAGUGUCACUUGACAUCCUGUUAAGAACACCUGCACUAGUGCCUUCAAGUCCGACAUCAAAUGGUUGAAGCACUAUACAGACAACAUGCUCAGAAAGAUAACUGUAGCUGUUAUUCAUCCUGAAUGCAGGACCUGCUGCUGCACCAGCACUUAGGAAGGACUAAAACCAUGUCAAAUUCCCAGCUGUGAUAUGAUUGGCUCCCACAGGACUGAUGGGGACCUGUCCUCAUUACUUAGCUGAUUGUGCUUAAUCAUUCCCCCAAAUCCAGAUUGGGUCCCUGAAUGGUGUACAUUCUCACCCCAGAGGGGCUUCACAUGCCUCUUCAAAGUUGUCA